UGGCCGCUGCCCUUGGUCGCGGGGAGCCGCCGAGCAGCCAUGGUGGGGACGCUCUUCCGCCGCUACUGGGACAUCCCCGACGGCACCGAGUGCCACCGCAAGACCUACGCCACCACCGCGAUGGGCGGCGCCGCGGGCCUCACUGCCUCUGCCUACAGCGUAGCGCUGCGGCCCCCCAGCUCCAUGCUCGAGGGGAUAGCGAGGACCGGCCGCUACACGUUCACAGCAGCUGCCAUCGGUGCCAUAUUCGGCCUCAGCACGUGCGUCAGCGCCCAGGUCAGGGACAAGCCCGAUGACCCCCUCAACUAUUUCAUCGGGGGCUGCGCUGGGGGCCUGACCCUGGGAGUGCGCACUCACAGCUACGGGACCGGCGCGGCUGCCUGCGCGUACCUGGGCAUGAUGGCGGCGCUGAUGAAGAUAGGCAAGCUGGAGGGUUGGGAGCUCUUCCCCGACCCCAAGGUCUGAGAUGCGUGCCCCAAUAAAACGUGUGUUUCUGGG